AUUGGCUGCGCUCGGCACAGCUGACAGGCGGCGCGGGCGUGUGAGCUGCAAGGAUGGCGGCCGCGGCGAUGGUCCUACAAGAGACCCCCAGCAUGAAAAAAGCAGUGUCGCUGAUUAACACAAUGGAUAUUGGAAGAUUUCCACGGUUGCUCACCCGAAUUCUUCAAAAACUUCAUCUAAAGACUGAGAGCAGUUUCAGUGAAGAAGAGGAAGAAAAACUUCAAGCUGCAUUUUCUCUAGAGAAACAAGAACUUCACCUAAUUCUUGAAACAAUAUCAUACAUUUUAGAACAGGCAGUGUAUCACAAUGUGAAACUGGCAGCUUUUCAGCAGCAGUUAGAAAACAUUCAUCUUCAACAAGACAAAGCAGAAGCAUUUCUCAGUGUUUGGUCUACAAUGGGUCAAGAAACAGUUGAAAAGUUCAGGCAGAGAAUUCUGGCUCCCCAUAAGCUAGAGACGGUUGCGUGGCAGCUUAACCUUCAGAUGGCUCACUCUGCUCAAGCAAAACUCAAGUCUCCUCAAGCUGUGCUACAGUUGGGAGUGAGCAAUGAAGAUGCAAAGUCCCUGGAAAAAGUUCUAAUGGAAUUCAACCACAAGGAGUUGUUUGAUUUCUAUAAUAAGCUGGAGACCAUACAAGCACAGCUGGAUUCCCUUACAUGAUGUUUUCAAAGACUGACUUCUCCAUCAUAUUCCUGCCACCUGAUUAUUUUACUUUGAAGACAGAGUGUCAGGUUGUAUUUUCUGAAGGAGUCAGUGGCUUUCUUCCUGAAAAUUAUAUGCCUAUUGAUUUUUUGACAAAUAACAGUGAGGGAAUACAAUUGUUAGAAAUAACGAGAUUUUAAUAUGCUUUCUCUAGUUCUGUAAGCCAGCAGCAAU